AUGCCUAACGAUACCGACAAAACGGGCGAUGCUGCACGAGUUAUAUCAAAUUUGGAGGUUUCCGAGGCUAACUAUAAAGAUGCGUGGCGUUUACUUUGCGAGAGGUACGACAAUAAACGACAGCUUUUAAAUCAUCAUUUGAAUGCUCUCUUCAAGAUUGAACCGUUGAGUCGCGAGUCCGAACGAUCUUUGCGCUUUCUUGUGGACCAUGUUACAAAAAAUUUACGUGCAUUGUCUAGUCUCGGGCAAUCUACCCAAUAUUGGGACAUUUUAAUAAUUCACAUGGUCUCUUCGAAACUAGACACGUGCACUUUAGUUAAGUGGGAGGAAAUGCGUAACUCUUUGGAUGAGGUACCUACGCUAGAACAAUUUAAUAAAUUUUUAACCGAUCGAGCUGAUAUACUUGAAACUUUAAAUCGUAACAAAUUAGACAAGAUGAAGGCAUCAAGUGGCUUCUCUCGGCCCACAGGCUCUAAUGUUAACAAUGAAAGAGUACAUACGAAAUCAUUUUCUUUCUUACAAGGUGACAACAAAAUUAACAAUUUCAAAUCUUGUAUUAUUUGUAAGGGUGAGCAUAAAAUAUAUGAGUGUGAAAUAUUUAAGGCUAAAAGCUACGAAGAUAAAAUUAGUGACAUUCGUAAAUUAAAACUUUGCAUGAACUGUUUAAGGGAGGGUCAUCAGCCUCACAACUGCAAAUUAGGUCCAUGUCGUGUAUGCAAAAGAAAGCAUAACACGUUACUACAUCAAACAAAGACUGAUUUUAGUUCUUUAAAUUCUACUGACACAAUUGUCAAUUUUUCUACACAACCAACAAAUCAAAUAUUACUUUCUACUGCCAUAAUUGAAGUGCAAAAUCCAAAAACUAAGGAGGCAAUUAAAGCCCGUGCGUUGCUUGAUUGCGGAAGUCAAUCAUCGUUCAUAAGCAAAAGGCUUAAAGAUUUCUUGCAAUUAGAGUCAAGUUCUAUAAAUAAAAUUAGUGUUAUAGGUAUUGGCAACAACUUGUCUGACUACAUAACAGAAAGUUGCAUUGCUCAACUCAAUUCCAUUCACGAAAAUUACAAAAUAUCUUUAGAUUGUUUUGUGCUCAAAGAGCUAACAGGAGCUAUCCCUGCUACUACAAUCAAUUUACACAAUGUCGAAUUUCCAAAAGACGUUACAUUUGCCGAUCCAAAUUUUAACAUUCCCUCGUCCAUCGAUAUACUUAUAGGUGCAGACUUAUUUUGGGAUGUUCUCGGUAAUGAUGUGAAAUCUAUAAAUUCAAGACACAACAUUAAACUAAGAAAUUCUAAGUUUGGAAGUUUCCACAAUUAA